AUGGUUCAAUCUGUAAAAGACCUUCAAGAGUUUAAAGACAUCGUCACACGCAGAUCAAGAUUCAACGGCGACACCGUUGCUAUUUUCGACUUCUGGGCGACCUGGUGCGGCCCGUGCAGGAUCAUGGAUCCCAUCUUCGAGACGAUCGCAGGCCGUUUUGAGGGCGCCAAGUUCUACAAGGUCGACGUCGACGAGGCGACGGAUAUCGCGGAGGCGGUCGGCGUCCGCGCGAUGCCCACCUUCAUUGCGUUCAAGAGCGACCAGAAGAUCAAGGAGGUUGUCGGCGCAAAAACCGGUCCCCUCGAGGCUAUGGUUGAGUCGGUCGCAACGGCAUGA